AGAAAAAAGGAGGGAGCAUAGGGGGGGAAGAAAAUCUGUCUCUUUGUGUGGGAAGGACUCAACAAGAAGGCAAAAUUUGUAAUUAUUUGAGGCAGCCACCGAAGCAAGGCUCUUCCUCCUGACCUCCAACAGCAUCUUGUCCAAUCCAUGUACCUCUGCUGCCUUACAGGAGCCACAUAUGAGUGUGCUUCUCAGGCUGGCAAACAGCGACACCCGGGCUUCUCCUGAUGAUGAGAGCCGACGUCAGACUGGUUUCCAUGAAUAUUGAUGUGGAGGAUAGUCUGUUUCAUAGAAGAACAGAAGGAGGCAAGAUGGCUGCCCUUUAGGAUUUGUUAAAGAGGAGAUCCAGACGGUUUGUUGGAAUUUCUACAAAGUGGAGGGACGUGAAAGACAGGACGGACAGAGGGCAGCCUUGUGUAUGGACUCUGAGCAGGCCAGAUGGAAACAGAAGAGAACAGACAUGAGAAGGAAGAAAGUCUGAUAUUAGCGCAAUUUGGCACAUCUCACAACAUCCCUCACAAGCUCCAGAAUGGAGGCCAGUUUUCAGAAGGAAAUUCUCUGCAGAUCACUGGGGAUACAAACUGGAACCAUUAUAAGCCCAGCACUGAUGCCAACACCAUAAAGAGGCACAGAGAGAACUGCAACAAUCCUGCUUCAAAACAAGGGUUGCUGGAUCAGAGAUCCUACAUGAUGAAUGGAGAACUGGUGAAUGGAGAGUUGAAGCAUGCACUUACUGAACAGUCCUUGCUGGGCCAUCAGUCCAAGAAAACAAAAAUAGAUUCUGAGGUUAAAGGAAAGGAUGACAUGAGUUCUGGUUUACUGGACAAGUUUUCUGAGUUGACAAAUUCCCCUAAAUCAGAGAUUAAGUUAGACAGCAGGAACUGCAAUUUUCAUAAUGGAGAUAUUUUCUGUCUGCCACGAAAUAAACAAGUUCCAAAUGGUGCUGUAUCAUCUCCCUCGAGCCCAGGUGAUUUGUUAGAGAAAACUUUGUCUCAGUAUUAUCCUGAGCAAGUCUCAAUUGCACCACAAACAUCUGGGUCACAAUUACAUGCUGUCAGUGAUUCACUGGCUGAUAAACUAUCCAGUGAAGAUGCUCAACGUCCCCCUAUGACCUCAGGAUUGCCCAAUUCAUCACAGAUGCCUGGCUCACAGCAACAGCAGGCUCAGGAAUCUGGAAAUACUGAUGGAGGCAACAAUUACAACUCUGUUAACUUUGUAUUAAAUGGAUACUCCAACAAUUUUGGAGCAGACCACCAGCAAACACAACAACAUCAGCAGAGGACAUCAUCUUAUUCUGGUGAGGAAGUGGCUCUAAGACAGCUUUCAGGCAUGAUCCUGUCUACAAAUAAUGCCAAAAUCCCACAACAGCAUCCAAAUGGUGCACCGUGUUAUCAGGAUGACACAAGUCGUCAAGGUAUAUAUGUAAAAGCCCACCAGGAGUUUAACAGUAGUUCUUUUCCAAACUGCAGUAAUCCCCUGCAGCCAACAGAAGCAGGAUACAAAUCCUUUCCCAGUUCUGGGAUACAGAAGCUGGGGCAAAGUGAGGAAAAUGCAUCUAGUCGGCAUCUGCACCAGGGUACUGACGGGGGCCGCCACUAUGGGAUUCAACCCCAGAUUUUUCAAGAAAAUGCUGUAAACCCACUUAGAGCUGAGAGUCAGGGACCUAUGGGACCCAGACUCCAACAGCUACAUCACACUGGUAUAGAAAAUGGGAUGGAGAACAUGUCUCAGCAGAGAGCCAACUUAUCUUGUUCAACCCCUAACCAGAGGGGCUGGAGAGACCUGAAUUCUUCACAUUCCCAACAGCCACCAACAAGUGGUCCAUCAUCUCAGGCACAAGAACAGGACAGGUGGACGAACUUCUCUGCUAAGCCUAUUUCAGAACAGCAGACAGCUAACCCCCCGGUUCAUGGCCAGAGGUUUGAGCCAAACCCAAUGCAAAGAUUUCAGACACAGGGAGUUUUCUCUGAUAGUAGCCAGGGGUCUAACAACUUCCAGAAGACACAGCAGGAUUAUCUGCCAUUGCAAACACACUGUGCUUCAGCCCAGCACAACACUGCCUCUGAGUGGCAGCAAUCAAAUUCUGAGGCAACUCAAAUGCAGCAGCCUCUAGCCCAGAAAAUGCCAGAGCAGCAUAACUUCACUCAAAAUCAACAGGUUGACAGUCACUGCAACUCCCAGAUGCAGUCAGAGCACUUAUGUGAAGACAAUGACCUCCAGGAAAUACUGUCACCUAGGUUUUUAGCAACACAGCAACAACAGCACUGUCAUCUCCAACGUCCAAUGUCCCAGCCACCACAAUUUGAAGUACAGCAACUAAAGUCUCCCAGUUACAGACCUCACAGUCAGCCUCAGCCAGGUCAGCAGCAGCUUCAAUCCAAUCAGCCUCUUGAAAAUGGUUCCACUCAACCCAGCAACCAACACAUCCCGCACAGUGACCAUGCAACAUUCAGUAAUGUUAACACAACAGAGAUACAACAUCAAAGGCAGUAUCCACCAAACUCAGGCAGCACUAACCUCAAGCAAAUUCAACCACAGCAGCCUAAAAACCACUGCCACCAGCCCAACCACGUGGAAUUUCCCCCAACCUCUACACAGUCACAACCUCACUUACCACAAGGUGCUUUAAGCCAACAGGUCACAACACAAAUGUAUCCCAAAGCUGAACAGCAGCUGAAGACAUCUUGCACUCAGUUACAAAGGGGACCUCAACUACCUCUGGGACUAGCAAGUCCCCACGUAGACUUUCAGAGGCAUGCAGCCCUACGUAUGCACCUGUUGCAAAAGCAGGAACGCCAGGGCCCUCCUCAACCCCCUCAGAACUCUAGUGACCCUAAACAUAUCCCGAGAACUGUGAAAAUGGAAAAUGGACCCAGAUUUGAAAUGUGUAGUUCACAGAACCAGGAGCAGCAGAUGCACAUGCGAGAGCCAAUUAUAGGUGGUAUGCAAAUUAAGCAAGAAAACCAACAAUCCCUGUGUGAGCAAAGUAAGAAGCACGGAAGCAUCAUAGCCUCGAUGGAACAAAGCCUGAGGCAAUACCAGCUUUCACCUGUAUUUGAGAAAAAAUCCCUUGUCAUCAAUGCAUCAAAUAAAGUCAAGGUGGAAUCUUCUGGGCCUAUCACAAUCCUGUCAACCAAAACUGAUGUGAAUGGAGUAGAAUCAUUAGCACCUGCGUCAUCCACUGAAGUUCUUAAAAAAACAACUGAUUCCACCCCUAAGAAGGAACAACUUCUACAAAGUUUCAUGGAUUCUCCUGUGAAGCUAUUGAAUACCCCAAUAAAGAAUCUUUUAGAUACUCCAAUGAAAACACAGUAUGACAUUGCAUCCUGCCACUGUGUUGAACAAAUCAGUGAGAAGGAUGAAGGCCCAUACUACACUCACUUGGGGGCAGCGCCUAGCAUUGCUGGUAUACGGGAAAUGAUGGAGAAAAGGUCUGGCCUAACUGGGCGUGCCAUCAGAAUUGAGAAAGUAGUAUACACCGGCAAGGAAGGAAAAAGUACACAAGGAUGCCCCAUAGCCAAAUGGGUGAUUCGUCGAGCCGGUGUAGAAGAAAAGCUUUUGGUUUUGGUGCGGGAACGUCCCGGCCACAGAUGCCCGACAGCCUGCAUCAUUGUUGUAAUCCUGGUUUGGGAAGGCAUUCUACCAAGUCUAGCUGACCGCCUCUACCUCGAGCUAAGUGAAACUCUAACAAAACAUGGAGCCCUAACCCAGAGACGCUGUGCUCUCAAUGAGGAGAGAACAUGUGCAUGCCAGGGAUUAGACCCUGAAGCCAGUGGUGCAUCGUUCUCUUUUGGCUGUUCCUGGAGCAUGUACUACAAUGGCUGCAAGUUUGCCAGGAGCAAAGUCCCAAGAAAAUUCAAGUUACUUGGAGAUGAUGUGAAGGAGGAAGAGAAGGUGGAGAGCAACUUUCAAAAUUUGGCAACUAUACUGGCUCCCUUGUAUAAAACUAUGGCACCUGAAGCAUAUGGAAACCAGGUGGAACAUGAACAUAGGGCACUAGAUUGCCGUCUGGGGCUCAAGGAUGGCCGUCCUUUCUCUGGGGUAACUGCUUGUAUGGAUUUCUGUGCCCAUGCUCAUAGAGACCUCCACAACAUGCAGGGUGGCAGCACUGUGGUGUGUACAUUAACGAGAGAGGAUAACCGAGAGAUUGGAAAGAUACCAGAGGAUGAGCAGCUCCAUGUCUUACCUCUAUAUAAGGCUUCAAAUACUGAUGAAUUUGGCAGUGAGGAGGGUCAACAAGAAAAAAUAAAGUCAGGUGCUAUCCAAGUUCUCAGUGUUUUCCGCCGCCAGGUGCGCAUGCUUGCAGAGCCUGCCAAAUCUUGCCGACAAAAAAAGCUGGAUGCUAAGAAGGCAGCUGCCAACAAGAAUGCCAUGCUGGACAGCUCCAGUGACAAAGGAGACAAGGCCAAGUCAAAAUCUAGCACUUUUGAGAACUCUACUCAGAGCAAUCCAAUGGCAGGACUUAUUCCAGGUGCUAUAGGAGCAACCCUUCAGUCAUGUCAGCCACCACACCCCCUUGGGGUCCAUCAGCAGCAGCAACAGCACCAGAGAAUUCUCCCCCCUUAUCCCAGCUCAACAAAUGCUGCUUUCUCCAGGUUCCCCAACCAUAAUGGGUCUUUUCCAAGCACUUCAAAACCAGGCAGCAUAUAUCCCCAUCAGCCACCAACACCUCCCAGCCCUUAUCCUUCCCCUCUCCAAGUACCAAACUCUUAUAUGAAUGGAUCCAGUCGUCCAUACCCAGGUUAUCAAUGUAAUGGAGGAAUUCCCUUUGACAAUUACAAUCCAUAUUAUCCCCCAAACCCAAAGCACUUAGAGGUGUAUCGACAACCACGGCCAACGCUUUACUCGGAGCAGCAGUACAGCGUACAUCGUUAUGAGGUCAGUUAUCCACCAAGGUAUGGUGAGCCAGGCUUACAGGUCAAUGGUUACAAUACCAGCAGCAUUAGACCAGUUCACCCCAUGAGACCUUAUGGACCUUAUGGUCCUAACAGGGCCUCAGAUCCCCAGUUUGUGGACCCCCUCUCAAGAGCAUCCUCAGCUGGCCUAGAUUAUACAACUGCUAUGAGCAAAAGCAGUCAGUUUGGAGAAUACCCGAAUCCAUACCUGUCCCAGAACCCUCAAAUCCUACCCCCAGGCCAAGAUCCUUUCCAUAUGCAAAUCAAAACAGAGAUGGGUAUGCCUGGCCCACUUUCUGCUCAGUCGGGCAGUGUGUGUUUAAACCCUGAAACACAGUCAAGGUUAGGCCUGCCAAAUGGAAUCCUAAUGGGUUCCAGUGUCAAGCUAGAGCCUGGAACACCACAGACACCCACAACCCCUCAAAAGCCAGAGCUGUGGUCAGACAAUGAGCACAAUUUCUUGGAUCCUGAUAUUGGUGGAGUGGCUGUGGCACCUAGCCACGGCUCUGUCCUCAUUGAGUGCGCAAAACGGGAGCUCCAUGCCACAACACCCCUUAAAAACCCAGAUCGCACCCACCCAACACGCAUCUCCUUAGUGUUCUACCAGCACAAAAAUUUGAAUGAAGCCAAGCAUGGUUUGGCACUGUGGGAAGCAAAGAUGGCAGAGAAGGCUCGAGAGAAAGAAGAAGAAGCAGAGAGGAAUGGCGGUGAGGGGACUCCUAGUAAGGGCAGCAAGAAGGGGGUUAAACGUGAGCAUCCAGAGUCAGAGACCACAGGGGAGCCUCCUUACAAACGUUAUAUCAAGGCACUAAUGGAGGGAUCCUUGUCAUGCACAACAAAUACAUAUGUCAGUACAUCUCCAUAUGCCUUCACCAAGGUCACAGGGCCUUACAGCCAGUUUGUAUAGAAAAAAACUCACUGAAGGUGCUAUGACAAAAAAGACCACAGGCAUCAAUGCCCUCCCAUCAUCCUUAUGUUGUAAAAGGAACUUGUGAUUAGAUGAGCUACAAAUCACCUUUCACAUCAGGUCUUUCACCUCUUUAACAAUUAAGCUUUACCUGUUUACCCUACUAAGGUUGUAUUUAUUCUUCUUUGGUAAUUUUUGCAAGAUACAAAAUCUCUGGUGCUUUCAGCCUGAUACAUAAGGAUCUAUUUUAGUUGUAAAGAGAGUUUAAUUUUUGGUGGUUAUUUUUCUUUCAAAGAUUUUUUGGAGAUAUAAUCUUAGCAUAAAACACUGACUUUUUAUAAAUGACAACAUUCACGGUGCUAAAGUUUAUGCUUAUUAGCUUUUAUUUUGAUUCAAAUGCCUUCACACUAACUGCACGGAUUCAACACAUUUUACAAGUUACACUUAAUUACCUAUGUCAGUGGGACACCGAAAAUAUCAUACCAAUAUUUGAAAUGCUUUUUGGAAAGCCAGUGUUUCUUAAAGCACUUUUUCAUAAUGACAAAUAAAUGUUUGGGGACAGGAGGGAGGAGUUUAGGCAGUACCUUUAAAAUCUAAAAUCAUGUUACAACAUUUUUCGGCAUUGACAGCAAUUCAUUUCUAAACAACACAUUGUUACAUUCACUAAUUUAUAAGGGGCUGGGGCUGUAUGAGCAAUCCGUAAAGCUGUUCAUAAAACAAAACAAAAAAAAAAUCAAAUCUAUCAUUUGCUGGUGCUUCUUUCACUUUCCUAUGUCAUUUAUACUGUAAAUUGAGCCAUUCUUUUAUGGUGCAUUUUUCACAUUUUUUGAAAAAAAAUCUAGAUUAUUUUGGUUCUUUUUCCAGGUUUCCUUUAUUAUCAGUGACUUUUUUAAAAACGUUCCUUACAACAGGUUAAUUGAACAAACCUGGAGAUUGUGAAUAUUACAUGUAGUUUUAUGUCUGUGGUGCUUAGUAAAUGUGCUUUUUGAACACUGAGAAACAUGAUACAGGGUAAGCUCAGUGUCAGUUUCAGAGGGCAGCUGGAUUGCUGUGUGGUCUUUAAUUAUUGUAAUUAACUGUAAGAUAAACAGGUGAGAUUUGUACAGUAAAUUAAUAUUCCUUUUGGAAUAACUGUUAGUUUUUUUGUUGCAAAGAAUGCUAACAGCCUGUUUCACUGUAUUUCUUUGGGUUUCAAAUGAAUCCACUUCAUAAGGUGCUACUCAACCUACUAGAAACAUAAAAUGUGAGACUCUUUGGGCGGUGAGAAGGCUUUUAAAUAAUGUACAGUACAAACCAAUCAUAUACCUCAAACAUUUGGCAAUAGGAUUAUAACAUGUUUUUCUUUCUUUGUUUAUUAUUUUCAAAUGUUAAUCACAGUUAAAAUUCAGGCCACCAAAAGGCGUAAAAGUUUAGUUCAUUUCUUACUUUCUUAUGAAUCUGCAAGAAAGUAUUACUUGAACUCAAAUCUUUAAUAUUACUGCAAAAAAUCAGGGACAUUUUCAACUAAUUUUGUGUACAUCUGCAUUGCCUGUAUUAAACUUGUCUUUUUCAUAUUCAGGGAUUUGCCAUUGCAUCCCGAAUCCAAUAUGAUUCUUGUCUAUUAUAUUUCACACAAACAAAAUUAUUUUGUGAGGAAAAAUAUACUUUCCUGCAAUUUUCUACGCAUAUUUUAGCAAGGAGGAUGGCAGUAAUCUUUUUAAAGUAAUCUGAACAUAUAUGCACUGAGCUGACUAAAGGGAAUGAUGUUGACGUUAAAAAAAAAAAAAAAAAAAAAGCAAUCUUUUUGCUUUUGCUAUAAAGCAAGACCAGAGCAGUGAUUAGUUGCACAUCUUUGUGCCUAUGUAUAGUUCAAUUUAUUUAUAACCACUAAGCAACUGUACAAUGGUUUCUUCCCAGUCUGAUUUAAUUAAUGAUUAAUUAAAUUAAUGACAGUCACGCUAAAGUAACAAGUCACCCCACUUUUCCACACAUUUGUUUUCUUAAAGCACUUCAUUUCUUUUUCAGGAAAAAAAAAUGUAAUGGAGAAUUACAAAAUGUUUUAUUUAAACAGAUUGUAUAUGUGUUUAAAAAAAAAUAAAUUAUGUCACAUUGUACAUACCAAGAAUUUGUAUUUCAGGAGUAUAACUCAUUCUUCGAUGUUCAUGUUGGUUCAUUUUGUGUGUCAGUUUUCCCACAGCUCUUCAUUUAGAAUCCUUUUGGGAGUUAAUAAAAUGAUUUUGGUUAGAUAAUCCAUAAAGUUUUUUUUUUUUUCUGUAAAUAUUACACUCACUGUUGCUGCAAUGUUUACACUUAUAGUAUCAUGCUAGCUCAGUCAAUGGAAGUUCUAGUUUUUUUUUUUUUUAAAUCUGUUUUGUAAAAAUAAUCAUAUAAAAAUGUUAAAUUUCAUUGUACAGUACCCAGCUACAGUAGCAGGUUGUCAUUGAGAGAGCCAAGGUGUAGUAAGUUAUAGCGGGUUUAAAAGCAUAGCCAUACUUGAAGAUGCUUCAGAGUGAGUCUGAGUCAACAUUACUUGAAUGAUUUUUCUGGGCUUAGCUAGUAUGCUCAUCUCAAAGGCUAAGCCAGCAGUUUAUACACACUUGGUCUUUUUGCAGUUAGACACUAAACGUAUAAUUAAAAAAAAAAAAAAGUGCAACUUUUUGCCUGUAAUUUAACUUUUUUUUAAAGCUUCCCUAGUUCUCUUGAAGUUUGGUAUGCUACAAAAAAAAAAAUCAAAUUAAGGAUGGGUAUUAAUACUGUAAGUAUUGUAAUGUACUGAAUGCAGUUUAUUUGAAAGCUGUUUAUUAUAUCAUUCCUGAUGUUGCUGAUAUGUGGGUGUUUUUUUUUUUUUAAUAAAAUUUAUAUUUAUUUAAAGCACUUUU